UGGCGAGUCACAUGAUCCAACAGCGAAGCCGAACCAGAAGUGCCGCUUUACAGAAGUUUACAGGGUUAUUCUGGGUUCUGCCGGGUUAUAAUGGGAGUUUUUUGGGGAUGAAAGCUGGUUUUGGAGUAAAAACAGAACCAUGGCGGAACAUGUGGGGAUAUUCGGGGGGAGAAUUCCAGCAGAAGUAGAAACUCUGUCCAAAGACUUAAAGGAUUUAGACAAAGAGCUUUUCAGAAAAAUCCUUAAAGUGGUGGUGAGCGCAGUGGAAGGUAAAGACUGUGGUGAGGCGAUGGUGGAAAUUGGUGAGAGCGGUUCUCUCUCUGAGGAAAAGUUGAGCCGGAUUGUUUCAGGUCUGUUUAAGCUGCUGAGAGAAGCUCUGCGUUUCCCUGGAUCUUCAGUAAAGCAGGAGGGUUUUAAAGAGGAUCUCCGUGAGCUUAGAAUUUCAGAGGAAUUCAUUGCAGACAUUGCCAGUGUCGUCUUUGGGAACAGGAGGUCAGCUCUAGAUGCUGCGGUUACACAGAGAGGCCCAAGAUUACCCAGUUUAAUGGAAUUCAGAUGGAGAGUGGAUGUUGCCAUUUCAACAAGUUCCUUGGCCCGAGCUUUACAGCCAUCCGUUCUUAUGCAGUUGAAGCUUUCAGAUGGAAAUAUCCAUCGCUUUGAGGUACCUGUGUCCAAGUUCCAGGAGCUCCGGUAUAAUGUUGCUCUUAUUCUAAAAGAGAUGAAUGACUUGGAGAAGCGAAGUAUUCUUAAGAUCCAAGGCUGACCUUUUCCUUACAUAUCUGCAUAUUAAGAAGGAAAUCUGUAAUUGACAAAAGGCUAUUAAAUCACUGUUAUGGUUAACUUAA